CUGAGAUAUACGAGCUGCAGUUCAAGUACAUUUUAAAUUUUACCCUCAGUGCCACCGGUGAGAAAAUCCUUUGUCAGAAUGAAACAAGUUCUUGUGGUACUGAUUUGUCUUGGUGUCUUCACCUUGACUAGUUCAGGAGCCCCUACUAGAGUACUGAGCAACUGUUGCAAUAGAUACUCAAAGAUCAUUCCCAAAUUGGAUAAAAUCCAGGAUUACAAACUUCAGAUAAAAGAUGGUCGUUGCAAUAAAAAUGCUGUGAUAUUCAUCAAGGUAACAGGCAGAAGGGUCUGCGCAAAACCAAAUAAUGAGCAGGUAAAAGAGCGUAUGAAAAGUCUAUCCAAAAGGAAGCAGAGAGAAUAAAGAUGACAUCAAUUCCCUGUGAGCAAAGCAGAUGCUUGAAAUAUCUACACGGCAGAAGACACUUUCAACAAUCAUUUUUCUCUGCUUCUCCACUUUUUACAUAAUUUUCCUUGGAAAGGUAUUAUUUUUAAAUGCACGCAAGCUUCAAAUUGACAAGUUAAAUUUUCUCACUUCGGUAACAGGAUGAAUGAAGGCAGCAUCCCUUUAAAAUGACGAGCAAGGAAAAAGAAAGGUUUCUUUUUAAAUCAGGAUACACAAUAACCCCACAGCAAUUGCACUAUAAUUCAUAUGAAAACAAUGCUGAAAUUUUAAGCUAUUGUUUAGUGUUAAUCUUUUAAAAAUGUAU